UCACGAACCCAUUUCUAUUGUCUACUCCCGCCCUGUCUUGUCAUCCGAAUCCUCCGUCCCACGUUGUCCUCAAACCCAAUUCGUUCUUCCCUGGCUAACUUGCCUAGAAAAACUCUUACAAGGAGCUAUGCCGCAAUUCACAUGUUGCAUCUCUUCUCGAGAGCAACUCUACUCGGUCAUCUAAGUCAGCCGAUCUUCCUCUUCUGUUGCUUUCCCUUUUCGUAUACGCCUAUCACAAUAUGAACCGGACGGCUAUAUCUAGUAUUAUGUUCUAAAGUAAAGAUUUUAUACACUUUCUUUUCUUCCUCGACGGUCAAUCUGCACUGCUGCUGUACAAUAUGAUAGAUCACGUUCUCGGCAAGCCUUCUGUGAAGUCGCGUAGGCUCCAGGUGCUUGCCGUGCUGACAUUCUGGUCCUUCUAUCUAUUCAAAGGCCAUCGGCAUGGGCCGCCGCUUGUUCGAUAUUUAUCUAAAGUCUCCUCGAAAGCAGUGACAACAUGGCAGACCGUUGUGCUCACUAUGAUGUAUUUAUAUGCUGCCCGAAAUUUCAGUACUCUCGUCGGACUUGCCAGUCCGGAGCCGAUGGCGAAUAUGUACGACGCCAAAUAUUUCCGCGCGACCUGGAUCCUCACCGCGCUCGACGCAGGGUUUUGGACGGCUAUGAAAAUAAGGAGAAAAUGGAUAAGGGAUAUUGCUAGCUUGGUGUUUUCCGUAUUCUAUAUGGUCGCGGCCGAACGCGCGGAUGAGAAGGUCAGGAAGGUUAGGGCUGCCUUGACGGUCGAUCAUCUACGGGUCAGUUGGAAUAAAGGGACUACACUAUAUCUGCGGACUUUUCAGAACCUGAUGAGGCCCCGCUUCACGCGAUGGCCGGCGCGAGCAAUUCGUAUUCCACGACCUAGCACUAGCGACUACAAGGAACCUGUUUCCGGAUGGUUGUACUAUGAUGGACCAAUCUCGGACCUGGAGCACAUUAACAAGAUGAUCCUGGACAUUCCCGGUGGAGGUUUUGUGGCGAUGGAUCCGCGAUGCAACGACGAUAAGCUAUUUGCCUGGGCCGGAAAGACAAGCCUUCCGGUACUCAGUUUAGAUUACAAGAAGGCUCCAGAAUUCCCGUACCCGUAUGCUUUGAAUGAAUGUUUUGAUGUGUAUACGACUAUCAUUAGGAGCAAAGGGCGGUGUAUAGGAAUGUCGGGGUUGGAGGUUCCAAAGGUCGUGGUAACCGGUGAUAGCGCCGGCGGAAAUCUUGCGACCGCGAUGACUCUCAUGAUAAUUGAGAGCUCCGCCGGUCGUCGUCAACUAUCGGUUCAAGCAGAGCUACCCGUCCCAGUCGGGCUCGUACUCCUCUACCCCGGGUUGGAUAUGAAUAUCGGCAAUUGGAUGUCUGACGAGCAGAUGUCUCUUAUUAAAGAUCGGCGGAUGAGGGUGACCAACAAGGACUACCUACGAGGAAAGAGCAUGCAGUAUAAUGACUUGGUUGGCACGCCUCAUCAAUCGGACGACGAAGACGACGAGCCCUCUGGCUUGGCUUCGGGGUCCAAAAUCUCCAAGUCAGAUACUCGUGCGGACGAGAAUGGGCUUCGUAGCCCUCAACCGGAAUACUCUCACGCCAAUCGCCAAAAUUGGGCGAAAUCCCAAUCAUCGGCACCGGCGUCGAGCCGAGAUACCAAGUCGAUGUCGCAUAGACCUGAACCUAUGCGAACACGCUUGGCCAUGGCGUCUAUGAUCUCCUAUUUCAACGAUCGUGUUUUAACCCCCGAGAUGAUGCGCGCAAUGAUCAUCUUGUAUAUUGGACCCCACAACCGACCCGAUUUCUCGCAGGACUAUCUGCUAUCUCCUAUCCUAGCUCCCGAUUUCCUACUACAGAAGUUCCCCAAAACUUAUUUCCUCACUGGCGAACGGGAUCCUUUGGUCGACGACACGGUCAUUUUUGCUGGGCGAUUACGUCGUGCAAAGCACGCCUCACAUUCGCAGCGUAGGUCCCAAGGGAUGAAAGGCCUAGAUGAUAUUACGGACUUUGACGAAAAGGAUGUCGCCGAAGUGGUUCUGAUACCUGGGAUCAGUCAUGGUUUCAGCCAAUUCCCAACUUUGUACCCACCUGCAUGGAAGCUCAUCGACCGUUGCGCGCGAUGGGCGGUAGACCUACUUGAUACGGACGAGGUGCGGUCGAGGCGCGAAAGGGAGAAUCCAUCACGGUCACAUCAUGUGCGUACAGAAUCUAGCGGUGACGAAGACCGGCCGCUUGAGAUAAAUAUGACGAAGCUCCGGUCUAGAACCACUGGCAACGGGUCGCAAGCGAAACCAGGUAGCCCCGAUCGAGGAGAAGAAGGCGAUGCGGAUAAACCAAAUGGGAACACUAAGAAGAGAAGGUCUAACGGAAGGUCCGGAUUUGGGCAGAAAUCAAAGAGCUUGGUGAAGCUAGAUAGUUCGGAUGAUCUGCUCGGACGGCGCAUGCAGGGUCUCGCCGGGCCCUUGACCGGAGCUCACGAUGAAGAUUAAGCAGUACUUGAUAGACGAUGGAACUGAGCAAAGUAAUCUAAAGCAUCUACGCACAUCAUAUAUCAUAUUUAGAUUCUGAGGCAUCCGAUCCUCAAGCUAAGUAGGGUACCACUCUAAGCUAAUACAUGAGCUGGGAUGAAAAGGUACCUGAACGCCUUUUUCGAGGGUUAGCUGGGCGCUCUCUACCCAAUUCACCUAACUUACCUAUAUAGGUAGUAGGUAUGUAGAUAUCUAAAUAAUCAUAUAGCGUCGCCAUCUGGUACAGUUAAAAUUGAAUAUCGAUGUUUAGAAAUACGAAUACGAACCCGUACCUACCUAUCAACAGC